AUGGAUUUGUUUAACGCCAGCGGAAUGGACGCGUUCACGGUGAUCCAUCUGAAUUCCACCUGGAGUCUGGACAGUGGAUAUUCUUUAGGAGCGAUAGCCAGCAUCGCUGCUCUUGUAAGUUUUCUCAUUCUUUUCACCGUUGUUGGGAAUAUUUUGGUGGUUAUUGCGGUGUUGACGAGCAGGGCGCUGAAAGCCCCACAGAACCUCUUUCUGGUGUCCCUGGCCACUGCGGACAUCCUGGUCGCCACUCUGGUGAUGCCGUUUUCCCUGGCAAACGAACUUAUGGGAUAUUGGUAUUUUGGAAAUGUUUGGUGCGGCAUUUAUUUGGCUUUGGAUGUGUUGUUCUGCACUUCGUCGAUUGUUCAUCUGUGCGCAAUAAGCCUGGACCGCUACUGGUCCGUUACGCAGGCUGUAGAGUACAACCUGAAGCGGACUCCCAAACGCGUCAAGUGCAUCAUCAUAAUUGUGUGGCUCAUAUCUGCUUUCAUAUCAUCUCCGCCGCUCUUAUCCAUAGACAGCAACACUAAUAUGAGCCCUCAGCCUCAGUGCGAGCUGAAUGAUGACACUUGGUACAUCCUCUCCUCCAGCAUCGCGUCCUUCUUCGCCCCGUGCAUAAUCAUGGUGCUGGUGUAUAUCAGAAUAUACCAAGUGGCCAAAACCAGAACCAGAACCAUGUCGGGAAAAAAUCUCAGGCCAGAGGGUGUUACUCAAACUGAGAAUGGAAUGAGCAAAGCCAACUCCCCUUUCCAUGUUGAGAGAGAGAACGGUCACUGUCAGUGCCCGCCUACGCCCAGCCAACGCACCGUCACUGUCGGCCAGCAGACUGAGGACGCAGACAUGGAGAGCUCCUCUUCGGAGGGCAAAGGUCACAAACCCCAGCAGGAGGACUCCAAGGCAGCCAAGAGGGCCAGCCACAAGAAGAGCUCCCUCUCCAAACAGUCCACACGCAUCUCCAGAGUCAGUAACAAAUCCAUGGACCUCUUCACCUCCAGGAGGAAACGCCGCCGGAGCUCCAUGGCCAGGAAGAAGGCCUCUCAAGCCAGGGAAAAGAGGUUUACCUUUGUCUUGGCUGUGGUCAUGGGGGUGUUUGUUGUGUGUUGGUUCCCCUUUUUCUUCAGCUACAGCCUGUACGGUGUGUGCAGGGACUCCUGUAAGAUCCCCGACCCGCUCUUUAAAUUCUUCUUCUGGAUCGGCUACUGUAACAGCUCCCUCAACCCUGCCAUCUACACCAUCUUCAACCGGGACUUCAGACGCGCCUUCCAGAAAAUCCUCUGUAAGUCGUGGAAAAAGUCCUUUUAG